UGAGAACGUUGCAAGGGGACACGAUCGGUAACUUGGACCCCUCGGAUCCACGGACUGGUCAUUCACUUUAAACCGUUUACAAAUCCACCUGUUCAUUUAACAUUUAAGAAUGUUGAAAGUGACAUUCGGCCUCGCUCUGGUGACUCUGGUUGCUUGCUCGCAGUACCCCAACAAUGAAGUCUGUGAGGCAGGCCAGACAUGCUGCCAGGAUCCCACUGGAGAGUUCAGCUGCUGCCCUUUCCAUCACGGAGAGUGUUGUGAGGACCACCUGCACUGUUGUCCUGAAGGCAUGCUGUGCAGUGUUGUAAACUCCACGUGUAUAAACGCCACACAUACACUGUCAUUUGUGGAGAGGAUACCGGCUAAACGGACAGACCUUCCCAAAUCGCUCAGAAUGAUUCCCUCAUUACCUGCAAGUGAAGAUGACACCACCUGUCCUGAUGGCUCAUUCUGUCCUGCUGAGUUCUCCUGUCUUCUGAUGGCUUCAUCAUAUGGGUGUUGUCCCGUAGCACAGGGCCUUGUGUGCUCAGACGGGAAACACUGCUGCCCAAAAGACCAUGAAUGCAGUGCAGACAGCAGUUUGUGUGUCAAACUAAAAGAACCAGUCAAGACUGUUCUUUGUGGAAAUGGGACCUCAGAAUGUCCCGUGGACACCACAUGUUGUGAGACAGACGAUGGUCCGUGGGCAUGCUGCCCCAUGCCAAAGGCUGUAUGUUGUGAUGAUAAAAUCCACUGUUGUCCAGAGGACAGUGUCUGUGAUGUUGAAGGCUCCAAAUGUGUGUCCACCAAUCAGGAGCUGCCUAUGUGGGCCAAGUUCCCUGCUCGUCUUAGAGCUGAAUGGGAAGAUCACAAACCUGCAGAAAUGAGGGCUGAAGCUGAACUCACUACAACCAGACAAAUCACUACUGCUGGCAUACAAAUGACUACAUUGGCUGGUGCACUCCCAGAGAUCUCUGAUGUUCCCUGCAAUGACACUGCGGCCUGUCCAGAUGGAACCAAAUGCUGUAAGACUCAAGAAGGAGGAUGGGCCUGCUGUCCUCUACCAGAGUCCGUGUGUUGUGAAGACUUCACCCACUGCUGUCCUCAUGGUAAGACAUGUAACGUUGCUCUUGGGACUUGUGAGGACCCUUCAUAUUCUGGUGUGCCCUGGGUGGAACAGGUGCCUGUGCAGCCAGUCAUCAGUCAGAAUAUUAUUGACACACAAAUCUCUGAUGUUCCCUGCAAUGACACUGCGGCCUGUCCAGAUGGAACCACAUGCUGUAAGACUAAAGAAGGAGGAUGGGCCUGCUGUCCUCUAGCACAGGCCGUGUGUUGUGAUGACUUCAUCCACUGCUGUCCUCAUGGUACGACAUGUAACGUUGCUGCCGGGUCAUGUGACGAGUCUUCAGGCUCUGAGCCCUGGUUGGAGAAGCUGCCCGUUAAACCAAUCAGCAAUCAGAAUGUGGCUGUUACACAAGUGUUUUCAGUGCAUUCAAAUGUUUCCUGUGAUGACACCGCAUCCUGUCCAGAUGGAAACACAUGCUGUAAGACUCAAGAAGGAGGAUGGGCCUGCUGUCCUCUACCAGAGGCCGUGUGUUGUGAUGACUUUAUCCACUGCUGUUCUCAUGGUACGACGUGUAACGUUGCUGCCGGGUCAUGUGACGAGUCUUCGGGCUCUAAGCCUUGGCUGGAGAAGGUGCCUGCUCUCCCUAGAGCAGGUCAAAGGUCACCUGGGAACGUGAACUGCGACUCUAGCCACGUUUGUCCUGACUCCAACACUUGCUGUGAGAACACCGAUGGAGACUGGAGCUGCUGUCCUUUGCCUGAGGCUGUAUGUUGCACAGAUGGUGAACACUGCUGUCCGGCUAACUAUAAGUGUGAUGUGACCAGGGUGUCUUGCAUCAAGGGAGAUGUGGUGAUCCCCUGGUACAAUAAAAUUUAUGCUCAAAGCACACCGGCUCCAAGCUUGGAUCUCGAUGCUGUUAAGUGCGACGAGCAGUCAAGUUGCUCUGCAGAUUCAACCUGCUGUUAUCUGUCCACGGGAGAAAGGGGCUGCUGCCCUCUUCCUGAGGCUGUUUGCUGCCCAGACCGGGAGCACUGCUGUCCCAAAGGCUACAAGUGUGAUCUACGUAGACGCUCCUGCAUUAAAACCACCUGGCUGCAUGUGGAAAUAGUCCCACUUGCCCACAUUGGUGGCCAAACACUACAGUCGAGUGUCUCAGAAAAGGACAUUCAAUGUGGAGCUGGAUAUAGUUGCAAAGACAGUGAGACCUGUUGUCUAACUUCCCAGUCCACCUGGGGCUGUUGCCCAUCUCCAAAGGCGGAGUGCUGUGAUGAUAUGAAACACUGCUGCCCUGCUGGAUACAAAUGUGGCGAGGGUGGAAUUUGUACUUCAGACUUAAGCUUUGACUGGAAGAGCUGGAAAAACUGGAGGGUGUUCUUCUCCAAAAAGAAACGAGCUAGUACUCUGUAAAAAAACAACAACAACAAAACACCUGUGUUGUUCCCACUCAGUGGCGUAAAUGGCCAACACUCCCUAAAGUGUCAUAUUUUUAAAAAUGUUACAUUUAUCAAAGUACUAAUCAGAAACAGCCAGACAUUUUUAUUUGCAGGAGAAAGUUUCAUUAGGGCUGAAUGUGAUGGUUAUUAUCUGUUCCCAUUGUCUAUCAGUAAUACCAACUACAUAUUAUCCACUGAGCCAUUUUACACUCUACAUUUACUCUUAUACUGUCCAUUUUAAGAAUGGGUCAUUAUAAGUGUACACUGUUCAUAAUUUUUGAUGGUUUCCAGUGUUUUGGUUACUGCUCAGUUUAUCUGAAGAAUAAGUUGACUAUGGAAUGAUGAAAAGAUGAAACAUAUUGAAGCAUAGAGGAUAGUGGCUGGAUUUAAUUCACACAUCUAUCAUUAUAACUUGCCAUGUACAAAUAUCACAGGCCUCUAUGGUUUACAGGUUACAUUCUUUCAGACUUGACAUAACAUGAUCUUGUGUCUUGUGAUUAUGACCACAUUGCCCUGGACAAGGAAACAUAAUAAAUUGAUCUCUUCAGAUAACAAA